AACGAAUGAACAGAGCCGAGUCAAUGGCCAUUAAAAAAGUAGACAUAUGUAUUGAUGAAAAUUCUCUCCUUUCGUCUUUUGGGUACUUCCGCGAACAAUUGAAAGGAAUCAGACUCAGAAAAGGGCGAAGAGGGUUUGAGUAUGUCGUCGUCGAGUGGACCCAGAAGAUCGGCUCGACUCGCUCACCGUUCAAUCGAUAGCAAGAGCAGUGUUCGGUGUGGCUAUACUGAUCGCAAUGCCCACUCUCUUCUGCUGAAAGAGAUGGCUGGAGUAGAUUGCAUCCCCAAGAAAAGAAGAAACACGAAAGGCAGCUUACCUUUUCUUCCUGAAGAGGUCGUAUACAACAUCCUGGUUUUUGUCCCUGCUGAGAUUCUAUACAAUGUGAUGAGAUAUGUUUGCCAAGCGUGGUGUAAUGUUAUCAACAACCCUGAAUUCAUUAAUGCACACCUUCAAAAAUCAACUAGUGGCAUCCUCAUCCAACAUUGGGAUGAAGAUCAUCCAGAAGUGAUUCAUUUUGUGGAGAUAAACAAUUGCGAUGUUUGGACAAGAGAAUUAAGAUAUGGGUUUUCUAGACCUAUUUGUGCUAGUUGUGAUGGCUUAGUUUUGUUCCCUCAUGACAGUAAUGACCUUCUAUUCCGUGUUGGAAAUCCUAUUACCAAGCAAAUACUGACUCUUCCUCCGUUAGUUGGACCUAUUUUUCAUGAUACACGUUCUGCUUUAGUAUAUGUUCAUUCUAUCCGGAGGUACAAAGUUGUCAUUGUCUUCCGCGUUAACAGCCUUGAAUUUAAGUGUGCAAUAUUAACUGUGGGUGCUGAAACUGCAUGGAGACUGAUUGAUACUAAACAUAUUCCAUGUGCUAAUGUGUAUCUAUUUGAAUCUUCCCCAUUAUCUGCUGGAGAGUAUCUUUAUUGGACUCCCAAUUCUAGAGCUUGUAGUUAUCUUCUAGCUUUGGAUGUUGAAGCAGAAAUAAUGCACCAGCUUCCAGAUCCGAAGAUUUUCAAGGAAAAAGGGGGUUAUUUUUUAGCAACGGAAAACUUUCUAGCUUUGAUGGUUCGAAGAAAGGAAUUUUUGUGGGAGGUUUGGGUUUUGACAGAAUUACACACAGGUGAGUGGACAAGGCUUUAUAACAUUGACUUGACAGGUGAAGGUGACAUGCUUAAUCAAAUGCUUCAUCCCCAGAUAUGUUCUUUGCGUAGGUAUUUGUAUCCCUUUGUCUGGUUAAAAAAUGGAGACUUGGUCAUCUUUCAAGUCACAGAUCCAUCUAGAACUUACAUUGUUUACAACAUCAAGACUGCAGAAGUUACUUCAUUUGCGAUGGGUAAAGAUGUCAGAGACAUCAUCUACCGUAACAACAUCUACUGUGCCCAUGUCAACAGCUUGGUUUCGUUGAAGGUAGGCUAGUUGUCCUUUUCCCUAGCUAGUCUGCAAUUGGGAAUUAGCUCUCUCCACUUCGCCCAUCCAAGAGUUUUAUUUUGCUCAUCAACAUCAGGAUAGAAGGGUUAGUCUGCCUAUUACUUUUAAUAUUUAUAUUUUGUAUACAAUGAUAUAGUUAAAAUAUCUCUCUUUAUUUUGGGUUGACUAAUAAGCCCAUUUUAGAAUUGUAUUAUAUAAUAUCUAUGCUUCUUGCAGUAAUCAUCUCUCUUGUGGUUAAAUCUUUUUCUAAUUUAUAAUUUCUUGAAUUUUACUUUUAA